UCAAUAUCCCUAAAGCCCGCCCCUCCAUUCUAAACAUAGCAGGAAGCAGCAGAUGAGUCCGAGGGUCAUAUUUCAGUACGACACCGGCAUCGCGCGUUUUCUCCAACUUGACGUACUGACCGUGGAAUAUUUUUGUUAGACAUACAUCAAGUCCUAUUGUGCAAGACUUUGACAGUCGCACUCCUCCCUCCGGCGAGUCUCCAGGACAGUCGCUAUAUAUUGAGGCCAGUCGUCUUUUAGCACACUGUAAUGUAAAUGCAGCACGAUAUGUCGCGUGUUACCAAUUCGCCGCCGAACUUUUCCUGGGUCGAGUCUCAGAAGCUCGCCGCACUCGCAAUGCCUUCAAAAACGGGACACUAUAAGUUCAUGCUGGAGAAUGGCAUCAAACAUCUGGUGUGCUUGUGCGAAUCCAAACCUCCAAACCACGACAGCUGCCCCGGACUGACCCUGCAUCACAUCAGCAUCGUGGAUUUCACACCACCCACUGUGACUCAGAUACGGCGAUUCCUGAACAUCGUGGAGGAGGCCAAUGCCAAAGGAGAGGGUGUUGCGGUUCACUGUAUGCACGGUCACGGCAGGACGGGGACCAUGCUGGCCUGUUAUCUGGUGAAAACGAGGAACAUUUCAGGUCUGGAAGCCAUCAAAGAAAUCCGGCGACUUCGUCAAGGGUCAAUCGAGACACAAGAGCAAGAGAACGCCGUGAUAGAGUUUCAUCAAUGCAUUAAAGAUGGUUUCUGUGUGAACAACAUCAACACUCCAUCCACAUUUAAAUCCAUAUAAUCACAUUUUCUAAAGUCCCAAAAUGUCUGUUGUGGUUACUAAUCCCUGUGUAAGUCAGUAAUGCAAGCCUGCAGUGUUAUGAACACAAACAGCAUGCGUUGUUAGGAGCACACACCCAUAAUUAAUAUAACCAAGUACAAACACAUCAUGUAACCUUUACGGUAUGUAGGGUCUUGUCUGUCUAUCCACAAAACUUGAAUUUGACUUAGAAAUUGAAAAAAUAUGCUUCUACUGCGUUAUCAGUAUAAAAACAAAACUAUUCAAAAUUACAAGACUGGCAGCAGUUUGUUGCAUUUUGAACAUUUAAUUUUAAAUGCAAUAUGUGACAGGUCUGUGUAGUGUACUUAUUUAAAUGCUGUAUAAUAAAAUGCAAUUCAUACAGAGAUGAUGCACAUAGACCGUCUUUAUACACAAUAAAGCACUAUAUAAAUGCCUCAUUCAUUCAUCUUGACUGAGGAUCUACCUCAGUAUGUCUCAAAAACAUAUCAAAUUUGUGUUUUAAAAUAAUAAAAAAAUCUAAUGUAUUGUAGUUGGAAAAAAUUGUAUUUGUUUACUUUGUAGUUGUAAAGUAUGUAUGAAAUUAUAAUAAAUACCAAUAGACAUUUUUAAGCACGUGCUCUUUAAAGUAAAGAUUAAAAUGAUUUGAUCAGAUGUCUUUGUUAUUGAUCCAGUUGAAAAAUGUGUGUAGCAACAAGUUUAAAAUAGUUAAGGUCCACAGUGCCUUCACCCAAAUAAAAGAGUUACAAAAACAUGGACAACGUCUUUAUUUUUUGUAAAAUCUGUAUUUAUUUAUGAUUUACAAAAGCCUAUGUAACAACCAUUAAAAUGAAUCAAACGUAUUCAUCUUUAACCUAAAAUGAAAACACGACAGUGUAUAUGUGUCAGUUUAUGUUUUUCAAAGUGGCAAAAGAAAGGAUAUUGACAUUACCCUUAUAUGCAUCACUUGGAUUUACAAAGUCUGUGUUCUCAGGAAAAUUAUAUACACAGAUCUAGACUAUGAAUGGAAAGACGCAGGUGUUUCAAACAGAGGAGACACGACCAGAUGCUCAAUUUAAAUAAAGGUCUGCAAUACUGUUAUCUGUGGGAGCCCAUUAAAAGUACAUUUCAAUAGUAGAAUAUUGGCCUAUGCUGCCAAAAUAAAGGCAGGAUGCAUAUGAUCCUCGAAAUUUAACUGCAGACUGUCCGGACGUAUAAAUACAAACAAAUCUGUGUCAAGAAGUAUUAAAUAAAUACCUGCGGUUUAAUAGGCUCCUGCAUCUUAUUUCAACAAACCUCUUUAUUUAAAUCGUCUCUCUUUUCACCAUUAUACUACCAUCACACCUUUUGCUUACGGCUAUCAUUCGACUAAACGCCAUCAGUUUAAUUUAAGGAAAAACAGUAAAAGAAACUAUUUUAUGAUAGAAGUGGUAAACUCUCGAGCUCUUGUGGGAUGACAAGCUCGCAGGCAAGUGACUACAUUCCCAGAGGAUAAA